AUGAAGAAGGAAGAGGAAGGGGAAGAAGAAGGAAGAAGAAAGAAAAGGGAAGAAGAGGAAAGAAGAAGGAAGGGGAGGAGGAAGAAGAAGGGGAAGCAGAGGAAGAAGGGGAAGAAGAGGAAGAAGGGAAAGAAGGGGAAGAAGAGGAAGAGGAAGAAGAGGAAGAAGGGGAAAGAGGGGAAGAAGAGAAAGAAGAGAAAGAAGAGAAAGAAGAGAAAGAAGGGGAAGAAGAGGAAGAAUCUCGUGCUGCUCGACGACGUGGCACAGUUCACACAUUCUUCUGAGUUCUUAUUGGCCUGCUGGGGACCAAUCACAAGUGACGAUCCGUUGGAGAUGGGCGCUGAUUGGCUAAGACGGAGUCAAGCCGCAGUCGAUCAGUCAGUGAGAAUGACGCGAUUUCUGUCGAUCUUCAUCUCCAUUUGUGUUGUCUACUGCCAUAGUAAACCUACGGACAAAAAAGAGCGGGUCCAUCACGGUGAACCACUGAGUAAUCUUAAACACGAUGACAGCCAGAACUUUGACUAUGACCAUGAAGCCUUUCUGGGCCACGAUCAGGCUAAAACCUUUGAACACCUCUCUCCUGAGGAAAGCAAACGGAGGCUGGGCAUAAUUGUUGGAAAAAUAGAUGAUAACAAAGAUGGCUAUGUCACUGAAGAAGAGCUCAAAAUUUGGAUAAAAAAGGCUCAACAAAAAUACAUUUUUGAUAAUGUACAAACUCAGUGGAAUGACUUUGACACCAACAAUGAUGGAUACAUUGGAUGGGAGGAGUAUAAAAAUGUGACCUAUGGAAGCUAUCUAGACAGUCCUCAGGAAGACGGGGACUUUAACUAUGGCCAAAUGAUGCAGAGGGAUGAGCGGCGCUUCCGGAUGGCUGACAAAAACAAUGAUCUAUAUGUCAAUAAAGAAGAAUUCACGGCUUUCCUCCACCCGGAGGAGUUCUCUCACAUGAGGGACAUUGUGCUUCAAGAAACGAUUGAGGAUAUUGACAAGGAUGGAGAUGGCUAUAUUAACCUGCAAGAGUACAUAGGUGACAUGUACUCACCAGAGAAGGGAGAAGAAGAACCUGACUGGGUAAAAUCCGAGCGAGAACAGUUUGCAGAAUUUAGAGACAAAAAUAAUGAUGGGAAAAUGGAUAGGCAAGAGACGCUUGAUUGGAUACUGCCUGAAGACUAUGAUCAUGCCGAAGCAGAGGCCAAGCAUUUGGUGCAUGAAGCAGAUAUGGACCGGGAUGGCAAAUUGACAAAAGAGGAAAUUUUAGAGAAGCAUGAAGUUUUUGUUGGUAGCCAGAGUCGUGGAUGCACAGGGGAAGUCAGUGUGAGAUGGCGGUCGACUGUGGGACCGAUUAGAGACUGUGCUGUGGCGUGUUAG